GCUACAGAAAGUCAAGUCGGCAGGGAACUGCUCUUCAGCGAUCCACUGCCCUCUACAUUCUUUUGAAAGCACGCUCUCGCAGACACAUUCGGCCAUGAAGUUCUCUUACAGAUUCGUGCAGUCGAUCUAUCUCGCCGUCGUCUCGGCAUCCAUCGCCGCUGCUGCUCCUGCCUUCGAGGGAGCCCUGAAGCAUGCCACAACGCAAGUGCGUGGCGUCCCUGGCUCUGACCUCAUCGUUGAGAGCUACCAUCCCCCGUCUUUGUUUGAGACCUUUGGCGUGAACGGCGGGGAUCACUCCCUCUCGGAUCGGGCCGAGUUCAACCUGAAGGAUGCUGCAGUAUCCUUCGUCCAGUCCCGCUUGGGCGUGGACGCCGGUACUAUCGCUCACAGGACCAGCUAUGCCAACGAUGUCGCGCAGCACGCGUACCUGCAGCAACAAAUCAACAAUAUUCCGAUCGCAAAUGCCAUUGCCAACAUUGCCUUCAACAAGGCGAACAAAGUUGUGUCAUUUGGGUCGUCGUUCGUGAAGCCAUCUACCGUGCCUUCUACUACACCUUCCAUCUCCGCUGAUGACGCGAUUGCUAAGGCUGAGAAGGCUCUGUCCGGCACGUACAACAAUCACACGACUUCACUCCAGUUCGUCGCUCAGAAGGACGGCUCGCUGGCCCUUGCUCACGUCAUCCAAAUUCAAAACAAUGCAAAGGCUCAAUUAUACGAAGCGUUCAUCGACGCCCACUCUGGCGAGCUUGUCCAGCUCACUGAUUUCGGCGCCGAUGCAUCGUACCGUGUUCUGCCGAUCACAAAGCAGAACGUGACCCAGGGUUUCCAAGUGCUGACUGACCCUCAGGACAGGCUUGCGUCUCCGUUCGGCUGGCACAGCGACGGGGUCAACACCACGAACAAUACCUCCGGAAACAAUGCAAACACUUGGGUUGGCGUCUCCGGCAACGUAACCUACCAGUCGGCCCCCCACCUUACCUUUGACUACGUCCAAGACCCAAGCCAGCAACCACAGACGUAUGAGCCGAAUGUUGAUGCUGCACGCGUGAAUGCGUUUUACCUUGUGAACACCGUGCACGACAUCACGUACCGCUACGGGUUCACCGAAGAUGCGUUCAACUUCCAGUACAGCAACUUCGGCAAGGGUGGGGCGGGAGGCGACCAGGUUAAUGUCUCGGUUCAGGACAGCACAGGCACGAACAACGCUCGCUUUGUGACCCCGCCCGAGGGGCAAUCGCCUACCAUGUACAUGUAUCUGUUCACUUUGACGGACCCGUGGCGGGAUGGGUCGCUCCAGAACGAUAUCGUCGUACACGAGAACACACAUGGCUUGACUAACAGGAUGACCGGCGGUGGCACGGCAGCCUGCUUGCAGACCACUGAGUCCCAGGGACUGGGCGAAGGCUGGUCUGAUGCGUUCGCGGAGUGGACCGAGCAAACUAAUGAUGUUGUACUUGACUGGGUGACUGGACCCUAUGUCCUGAACAAUACUGCAGGCGUGCGUCACUACCCGUACUCGACGAAUGCGACCACCAACCCCUUCAGAUACGGGGAUUUGCAAACCUUGACGGAGGUUCACGAUAUCGGCGAGGUCUGGGCCAACAUGCUCCACAAUGUCUAUGCUGGCCUCGUCGCGGACCACGGCUUCUCGCCUAAUGCCCACACGGAUCCCACCACUACGGGUGGUAACACAGUCUAUCUCCACCUCUUCAUCGACGCCCUCGCUCUCCAGCCUUGCAACCCGACGUUCGUGCAGGCUCGCGACGCUUGGAUCCAGGCGGAUGUCAACAGGUACCACGGCUCAAACUUCUGUACCCUUUGGGCAGAAUUUGCAUCUCGCGGUCUUGGCGUCAACGCUGCUAACUACACGGACGACACUACCGUCCCCGCUGGAUGUAAUGCCACCGUCGCUGUCUGA